AUGCAAGGGUCAGAAGGAAACUGGUGCUACAACAAAGGUUCAAUGCAAGAAGUCAUCAACAUUCAUAACUGCUCAAUAUUGGAGAACCUUGCUUGGAAUGCCAAUACUGUAAAACUCAACUUUGGUAUGAAGAAAGAGCAGAAAAAUAACUAUCACCGUAUUGGCAGUUUAUUGCCAGAGCAUGGAUCAAAGCCAAAGUUUGCACAACUGUACAUAUAUGAUACCGAAAAUGAAAUGACUAACAGAGUCAAGCAUUUCAGUUCAAACACCAAGGAAUCUGUUAUAGAUGAAUCAUUGGUUGCUGAUUUGAUUCAAAUGAUUGGCAAUCACAAUGUUCUUGCGAAAUCUUUUAGAAGAGUAAGAGAUUUGUCACUGGAACAUAUGGAAUCAGAUUUCACGCUAAGACUAUUUAGAGGCAGAAACAAAGACCCUAGAGUCUACAAUACACCUUCAUGUGAUGAAAUAGCUGCACUUAUAGUUGGUGAUUUUGGCAAUAUGGAUGUAGGCAGAGAUAUAGUGGUCAAAAAAUGUUCUGGUGAAUUAACCAGACUGCACGAAACUCACACAACUUUCAUUCCACUGCAAUAUCCUCUCAUGUUUCCAUAUGGAGAAGAUGGUUAUCAAGAGGAUAUCCCAAUAAGAGAAUCUCAUUCAAAAAUAAAAUCCAGGGUAAGAGUUAGAAUUUCUUUGCGAGAAUUUAUUGCCUUUAGAAUACAACAAAGAGUUGUAGAAGUAGGAAAUAUUGUGAAUGCAUGUAGAUUGUUCCAACAGUUUCUGGUCGAUUGCUAUACAAUGGUUGAAGCCCAAAGGUUGUCAUUCAUCAGAGCGAAUCAAAAGUUAAUUCGCUGUGAUAUUCUUAAUGGAUUACAAGAAGUUGUUAAUAGAGGAGAGACAAAUCCUUCUUUAAUUGGAAGACGUAUUGUCUUGCCUGCUUCUUUCACUGGUGGUACUAGAUACAUGUUCAACAAUUGUCAAGAUGCUAUGGCAAUUUGUAAAAAAUUUGGAUAUCCGGAUUUGUUCAUUACUAUAACAUGCAAUGUGAAUUGGAGUGAAAUAAAAGAAUUUGUCUUAGGAAAAGGCUUAUCAGCUUCGGAUAGACCUGAUAUUGUAUGUAGAGUGUUCAAGAUGAAGCUGAAUGAAAUGAUGACAGAUUUUAAGAAAAAGGACUUCUUUGGAAAAAACACUGCAGGAAUGCACACAGUAGAAUUCCAAAAAAGAGGUUUACCUCAUGCACAAAUACUUUUAUGGUUGGAUGAAGAAAGCAAGUUGAAGAAUUCAACUGAUAUUGGUAAAGUAAUAUCAGCUGAAUUGCCAAAUGCUGAUUUGUACCCCAAAUUGGAAAAAGUUGUCUCAAGUUACAUGAUUCAUGGACCAUGCGGACCUGCAAGACAUAAUUCACCUUGCAUGAAGGAAGGAAGAUGUUCUAAAUUUUAUCCAAAAAAAUUCACAUCUUCGACUUCAAUUGAUGAAGAAGGAUAUCCAUGCUAUAGAAGACUUGAUAAUGGUAGAUUUGUUGAGAAGAAUGGAAUUAAGGAGGACAAUAGAAGUGUUGUUCUUUACAAUCCACCACUUCUAAUGAGGUAUCUAUCACCAUGUGAAGCUGCUUGGAGAAUAUUUGCUUUUGACAUCCACCACAGAUGGCCUCCUGUUCAGAGAUUGACCUUUCAUCUUCCUGGCCAACAAUCAGCUUUGUUUAAAGAUGAUGAUGAUAUUAAUGUGGUCUUCAACAGAUACGAAAAUGCUAACACAAUGUUUCUAGCUUGGUUUGAGGCUAAUAAAGUUUAUGAGGAAGGAAAACAAUUGACUUAUUUAGAAUUUCCAAGCAAAUUUGUGUGGUUUGCCAAAGAAAAAGAAUGGAAACCAAGGAAGAAAGGCUACAACAUUGGUAGACUUACUUAUAUUCCUCCUAGUUCUGGAGAACUUUAUUAUUUGAGGAUAUUACUGACCAUUCAAAAAGGUUGUAUUGAUUAUCAAAGCAUUAAGACAAUUGAUGGAAAGUAUUAUGAAACAUUAUUUGCUGGCUGA